AUUUGCUUUAAAACCAGCGUCGUCUCAUGCACAAUUCCAUCCUCCUCCUCCGAGAGCUACAGCUGCCGAUCGAGGCAGGCAGCCAGGCACCAUCAAACCAACCCGACGCAAGGAACCGCAACCACCGCCUCGCCGAUGUCGGCGACGACGGCGCCCGUGCGCCACCGGACGUGCCGCAUGUACUGGUGCUACCAGUGCGGCCGCGCGCUCCGCAUCAUCUCCUACCCGUCCACCGACGUCUUCUGCCCGCGCUGCUUCGGCCGCUUCCUCCACGAGAUCGACCUGCCGGCGCGCCCCGCGUUCCCGCCGCCGCACUUUCUGCCGCACCCGUUCCACCCGCAGCGCCAGCACGACGGCCACCCGCGCCGCUGGGUCAUAUACGGCGGGGAGCCGGCGACGACGGUACCAGGCCGCGCGUUCCGCCAGCCUGCUGCGCCGGCGCAGGGACCUGCCACGCAUCCUGCUCCUGCGCCGGCGCCGGUUCGACGGCGCGUGCCCUCCCCGCCGCCGCCGCCGCCGGUACUGCGGCGGCCGACCACGGCCCCGGCCGUCGACCUCGGGAACUACUUCACGGGGCCGAACCUGAACAACCUCAUCGAGGAGCUGACGCAGAACGACCGGCCGGGGCCGGCGCCGGCGCCGCCGUCGGCCAUCGACUCGCUCCCGACGGUGCGGAUCACCGGGGCACACCUGUCGGACGGCUCGCAGUGCCCCGUGUGCAAGGAGGACUUCGAGCUCGGGGAGGCCGCGCGGCAGCUGCCGUGCAAGCACGUCUACCACUCCGACUGCAUCGUGCCGUGGCUCCGCCUGCACAACUCCUGCCCGGUCUGCCGGUACCAGCUGCCGGGAGCCGGGUCCACGUCCAACGGCGGCAGCCAGGCCGCACCUCGCGGCGGAAGCGACGGCGACAGGAACAGCAGGAACGGGGAGAGGGGGAGAGAGCCCCCGACGUUGGUGCGGUGGGGGCCGUUCUCGUGGCUGUUCCCACCGCACGGGAUGGACGACCCCGACGACGCGUGGGAGCACGGGCGGCGCGGCAGGCACGACGCGGCCGACGCCGGCGCAUUCUACGCUUGGUGGCGCUCUCUGUUUCUCAUAUAGACGACAUGUGUUUCCAGAGAAGAACGCGCAUCCUACCCAGUUAAGUAAUCUGAUCAAAUUCUUCGCUUCCAGUCUUCCUACCCCAGAUUCAGAAUGCCGAUGUGCUUGCAACCUAACGGCAAACUGCAGGUAACUGCAUCAAUGUCAACGGUGGAAGCCUGAUGUGAAGAUGUAGACCUGCUCUUGUAGGAAUGAAAUGGCACCCACUGUAAAGACGAGUAAAUUACACGUCGUUAAAGGAGGCAAGCUCCAUGUAAAUCGAAUGCCUGGAUGACAUAUCAUGUUAACAGUAAUUUCUGAAACGCACAUUUCUAUGGGAUGUUUCUGAAACGCAGAAUUGUAAACCAGAUUCCUGUUUCUCGUAUCAAACCAUUCAAUUUAGACCCAAGCGGGUUAGCCGUUUAAACCAUGAUUCUGCAUGGUUUUGUAGCCAGCGUGAACCAUGUAGUGUAUGAUUCAUUC